AUGCCCAUCCUUCAGGAGCAGUUUAAACGCAGGCCUCAGACGAUCAACAGAUACGGAUGCGUCCUUGCCUUUAAUGAUCACUAUAUAAAGUACUUAUCUGAACGGGGAAUUCACGGCAUGGGGACCAGAAUAUGGCUGCUGCAAAGGCCUAAACCUAACGAAAUAUCUUCGAAUAAAGAUGUGUAUCAACUGAGAAUUGCGGAUUGUCCGAAUGAAGAAGAUUUUUGCAAACCUCGCAAAGAGAGAACAGCAUUUAGCAAACACCAAGUUCAAGAACUGGAACAAGAAUUUGCUCAGCAUAAUUACUUAACUAGACUCAGACGAUAUGAAAUUGCCGUUGCCCUUGAUCUUACUGAAAGACAAGUAAAAGUAUGGUUUCAGAAUAGGAGAAUGAAAUGGAAAAGAACAAAAGGAGUGCAUAUGAAAGUGAAAGAAAGGCUGAUCAAUGAAACAAAUGAAAAUUUAUCUUAAAAAAAUUACACUGAGAAACACUAGUUUUUAUGAAAAAAAUAAAUGCUUACUUUAUUCUUAUAUUUUUCCACACAAAUUUGAUACCAUCAAAAAUUAUUCUGAAAUAUAAUGAGAUAAUUGAGAGAAAGUAUUUUUCAAUAAAAAAUCAUUCAGAACAA